CGGGAGCAGACGUCCGUUUUUUCUUCCGUUCUGCAAUUUUUCCGUAAAUCCCUACUUGUGUUUUUUCGUUGAAAGGAGGUCGUGAUGCUUGUCAAGGAAGAUUUAAGAACUGAUAAAUUUUUGAAGGUUUACCUGAGGCCUAACUGAUACAAGGAAAAAACAAUACGUGUUUUGAUUCGCGAAAAUAUUAAAUUUUCGAACACUUGAUUUGCAAAAGAUCGUUGGUGUGUACAUUUGUGUUCCAAUUUUAAAAUUAUUUAUUAAUCGCUGUUGUGCUGUAAAAAUUAAAUUUAGUGUAAUGCGUUGUGUGUGUAUAUUACAAAUUUGAAUUUCGAAUAUUCGGUCAUGCCGAACACAGCUGGCAGCGGGUUCCAGUGGGACAAGCUGUCACCCGCUGAAUUCCAACAGCUACAAGAAUUAACAUCAUAUUCCAACAGAAAACUUCAAGAUGUGCUCAAAGAGUUAUCCGAAGUUAAAAAGCAGAAUCCGGACGGGGACAUCGAUUAUGAGGGGUUCCGGUGGUUCUUGGACACAUACCUGGAGGUCACGACGCCUGAUGAACUGUCUCGGCAUUUAUUUCUCUCCUUCGUACGAAGGGACAAGAGACCAGCAUUGCGUGAAAUGGCAGCAGCGAGCUCCACCACCGCUUGCGCUGCAGUCACCGCUCAUGGUGACCACCAGGUUAAAACAAGUCUCGCGUCUAAGAUACAUGGAUUAGCUGAAAGGUUACAGCAAUUAGGCAAGAGUUCCAAUGACUCCGUUGAUGGUAGCGACAAAGGAUCGCGAAGCAGAACUGGCAGUGUACAUCCCAUGAUAUCGGUAACUACGCACCCAUCUUAUUCCUCACAUGAACUAUGCCUGGGCCGCCUUGAGACCAGCCCGAGCCACAGCCAGAUGUCCCGUAAUUCAAGCAGGAAGAGCAGUAACUCGUUACGUGUCAAUCAGAGUACCAAGAUUGAAGAUUUUAAACACCUAAUGCGUCGUCCAUCGACAAUAGAAGUUCACACCGCGAGAGUGUCUUUGAAAGACAUUGUUUGUUACCUGUCGCUCUUGGAGGCUGGUAGACCGGAAGACAAAUUGGAAUUCAUGUUCCGUCUGUACGACACUGAUGGGAAUGGCGUCCUGGACACUAACGAGAUGGAUUGCAUCGUUAAUCAAAUGAUGACAGUCGCUGAGUACUUGGGCUGGGAGACGUCGGAGCUGAGACCGAUAUUGCAAGAUAUGAUGGUUGAAAUCGAUUACGAUGCUGAUGGAACGGUUUCCCUUGACGAAUGGAAAAGAGGAGGUAUGACAACAAUACCGCUCCUAGUGCUGCUGGGCUUGGACACAAAUGUGAAGGAAGAUGGUGAGCACGCUUGGCGCUUGAAGCACUUCAACCGGCCGGCGUACUGCAACUUGUGCCUGAACAUGCUCGUCGGCUUGGGGAAAAAAGGACUUUGUUGCAUAUUCUGCAAGUUCACGGUGCACGAGCGCUGCGUGCAGCGCGCGCCGGCGUCGUGCAUCGCCACGUACUCCAAGUCGCGGCGCGCGCCCGCCACGCUCGCGCACCACUGGGUCGAGGGAAACUGUCACGGCAAAUGUGCGAGGUGUCGGAAAAAGAUCAAAGGCUACAACGGGAUAACGGGCCUCCACUGUCGAUGGUGCCACAUUACUCUUCACAACCGCUGCGUGGGCAGCGCGGGCGGCGCGUGCUCCAUGGGGCGCCACGCGCGGCACAUCCUGCCGCCCACCGCCAUCCGCCCGCUCGUGCUGGACCGCCAGCGCUCGCUGCCGCACCGACACACCACCGACCAGCAAACAUUGCCAGUUUCUUUAUCCCUCCCGAUCUCUAUAGCAGCGAGCACAGAAGAGAAGAGAGAGGAGAAAAAGGAGAAAGAACAUAGAGCUCCCCCCAUCUCCUUCCAAAUAACUCCUCCAGAAGGAACUUGUCCGCUCUUGGUCUUCAUCAAUCCUAAAUCAGGAGGACGCCAAGGUUCGAGGGUAUUGCGAAAACUCCAGUAUAUCUUGAACCCUAGGCAAGUGCACGAUAUAGCCAAAGGAGGACCUAUGCAAGGCUUACAAAUGUUUAAGGAUGUGAGGAACUACAGAGUGAUAUGCUGCGGUGGAGACGGAACAGUGGGUUGGGUUUUGGAAACUAUGGAUAAAAUUCAAAUGGAGACUCAACCGGCUGUUGGUGUCAUCCCUCUCGGCACUGGAAAUGACUUGGCGAGGUGUCUGCGUUGGGGAGGAGGUUACGAAGGUGAGUCGAUCCACAAGAUCCUGGACAAGAUCGCUCGCGCCAGCACCGUGAUGAUGGACCGCUGGCAGAUACACGUCGAGAACUCUUCGGAUGAGUGUGAACACGUUCAAAUGCCGGAUUCGGCGCCCCAUCCCACCUGUGUUCCAUACAACAUCAUUAACAAUUACUUCUCAAUCGGAGUUGACGCAGCGAUAUGCGUGAAAUUCCACACGGAGAGGGAACGAAACCCAGACAAGUUCAGCUCGAGAAUGAAGAAUAAGCUCUGGUACUUCGAGUUCGCGACGUCCGAGCAGUUUGCAGCGAGUUGCAAGAAUCUACAUGAAAACAUCGAUAUUGUUUGCGACGGCGCGUCGCUGGAGCUGAGCAAGGGCGUGGCGCUGCAGGGCGUGGCGCUGCUCAACAUCCCGUACGCGCACGGCGGGUCCAACCUGUGGGGCGCCGGCGCGCACCGCCGCGGACGCUUCCCCGACGCGCACCAAGAUAUUGGCGAUAAGCUGAUUGAGGUGAUUGGCCUUGAGAACUGCUUACACAUGGGGCAAGUGCGAACAGGUCUUCGAGCAUCAGGUCGCCGUCUGGCACAGUGCAGCUCCAUCAUAAUCACCACUAAACGGACAUUUCCUAUGCAAAUUGAUGGGGAACCGUGGAUGCAGCCACCUUGCAAGAUAACUAUAACUCACAAGAACCAAGUUCCAAUGCUUAUGGGUCCAGCUCCAGAAAAGGGAAGGAGCUUCUUCAAGCUCUUCACCCAUUGUUAAUCUCCCAUUCCAAAACGAUAAAGGUCAGAAAGAGACAGAUAUAUAAGCUCGGUUUCAUCUUUGAAUGUAUUAAAUGAUUAUUAAUUGUUAUUACGUGUUAUAUAUAAAUAUGUCUAGAAUUAAAAAAAAUGUUUUUUUUUGUCUAAGUAAAUAGCAUUUUUUUAUCUAUACAAAAAGAAAUAUUUAAAAAAUAUGGUAUUGUAAUAAAGACUUCGGAUUAUUAAAUGGCUUUUUAUAUUAAUAUUUUGUGCUUAAAAUGUUCUUAUACCAGCUUGAAUUGUACCAAAAAAUUAUACGUCCAUUUUUGCGAAAUUAUAUUAUAAUGUCUACAGAAAUUUCUAGAAUUCGCGUAAAAUAGGUCUUAAAACCUAGAAAAUAAGCUAAGCAAAAUUAACUUAAAUAUUAUUUCAUUGCAUAGUAAA